UUCUCUAAUUAGAAAUGGAGAAUUACUCUGUGACUGAACACACCCUAACCUUUUUUAUUUUUGUAUUUUCUCGAGAAAUUUCUCUCCCCUUUCCCGCCUGUCCAUCUAUAUUCAUCUCUAGUCUCUACACGCUCCUCUCCCUCUUUCUUUCUCUCUAUCAACGGCUUUAGUUUGAAAAUUCUCUCUUCAUUUCUAUCUCUGUAUAUUUACGCGCAUUUCGUUCAUUUAUUGCCUUAGAGAGUCUUCUCCACCUUAACUCUGCCUCUCUCUUAAAGGGUUUUGAUUGCAAUCAAACUGUGCCAAGGUUGAGGAGCCAUAAAUUGUCAAUACCUUGAAGAAAUAAGGGAAAGAGACCAAGGAGAAAAAACGUUUUGGUGGUAAGACUCCAAGGGUUUCUUGUCUGUGGAAGUGCAUGCUAGUUUCUGUUAGAAGUUGACCACGCUAUUGUGGCAUCUAGCAAUCAGUUUUUUGAUGACAAUCCGAAAUAAGCCUGAGGUUAUUGAUCCUCCUCAAAAUAAAGACAUGACAGAUAUCUUUGAAUGUGUAAACAGUCCUGCUAAGACAGCUUUAAAACCUAAUGUGACUGUGUCUAGCAGUGUUCAUGAAUUAUUGGAGUGUCCCGUGUGCUUAAAUGCCAUGUAUCCUCCAAUUCAUCAGUGUUCAAAUGGUCACACAUUAUGUUCCAGUUGCAAGCCCAGAGUUCAUGACCGAUGCCCCAUUUGCAGGCAUGAACUUGGCAACAUUAGAUGUCUUGCGCUAGAGAAAGUUGCUGCAUCUCUUGAACUUCCAUGUAUUUAUCAGAGUUUUGGGUGCAUAGGAAUAUACCCUUAUCACAGCAAGUCAAAACAUGAAUCCCAAUGUGUUUUUAGACCGUAUAGCUGCCCAUAUUCUGGAUCAGAAUGCACGGCUAUUGGUGAUAUUCCUUAUCUGGUGGCACAUUUGAAAGAUGAUCACAAAGUUGACAUGCAUAAUGGCAGUACUUUCAACCACAGAUAUGUCAAAUCAAAUCCACAUGAAGUUGAGAACGCAACAUGGAUGCUGACGGUUUUUAGCUGUUUUGGUCAGUAUUUUUGUCUGCAUUUUGAAGCAUUCCACCUCGGGAUGUCCCCAGUCUACAUAGCAUUCCUGAGGUUUAUGGGCGAUGACAAUGAGGCAAAGAACCAUAGUUACCGUCUUCAAGUAUGUGGAAGUGGUAGGAAGAUGACAUGGCAAGGGGUGCCUAGGAGCAUUAGGGAUAGCCACCGGAAGGUUCGGGACAGUUUUGAUGGUCUUGUUAUCCAGCGCAACAUGGCCCUUUUAUUCUCUGGUGGAGAUCGGAAGGAAUUGAAGCUUCGGGUGACUGGUCGGAUUUGGAAAGAACAGUGACAGGAUGAUUAAAUUAUCACAACUUCUUCCUAUUAUAGUUUAUCUUCAGACCUAGUGAUUAGUUUCAGUUUCUUCUUGUAGCUGGUCCCAUGACCUUUAGUCAUUUCUUUUUUGAAUUAUAGGAGGAAAACUCUCUUUGCUUGUCCAUCCAUCAAAUACAUGAGUGGGAGACCUUACUCUUGGCCCUGCAA